GUCUAUUUAUAGGUUAGAGCAUGUUUCCGUUUACAUUUUAUUUCAUUAUUGCAACUACUACAUUUUUUUAAAUAUCUUAUUAUUACUUUAGAUUUAUUACUAGAUUAAGCAAACAACCUUUAGACAAAUGGCUGCUUCAGAAGUUGUCUUAAAAAUACUGAAUAACCAGGAAGAACCACUUGAAAAACGUUUGAGAAUAGCCGACAAUGCUCUAGGUUAUACAGAGCUGCAAUUCCACCACAAGGAGUCUCUUCUUUUAAAGUGGCUGUUAAAUAACUCACCAAAAGAAAUUUCACAUGAAAAGCUGGCGGAAGUUCUGAAAAAGUGGAUAUCUUCGAAAGAGUUUCUGGACUUAACACAAAAUGAUAUAAGUAAUCAAGACAUAAGAGAUAUUAUUCAGCUUCUAUUGGGGAGAUUGCUAGCAGAAAAUGUCCCAACAUUUAACAAAUUGGGUGUAGUAGACUCAGUUCUGCUUCUAUGUGACAUAAAAGUCUUUCAGAAUUAUUUCAGUUAUAACAUAGAUGUUUAUUGUGAACUGUUGUCAGUAUGCUUGGGAACAAUCAGGGAACCAGGGAAGUUUGUUGAAACUUUGAGGCGCCAUUUGUUCCCCAAAGAGUUACUUGUUCAAGAUGGUUUCGUUAAGCAGUUUUUUAAUAUUAUUUGCCCAGUUUUGGUCAAUAAAAUCAUCGAGUUUCAAGGGAAUGAUGAAGUUUUUAAGGGAGCAACUCAUGUGGUACAAAAGUGUAUAUUCCAAGGACAUACCAAGGAGUUCCAAAGCUUCUUCAACGAAGCCCUGGGAAUCCAAAGUGCAGAGAAGCAUACCAGCACUCUACCGAAGCAACUUUUUAAAUACUUAAAUGCUCAAAAUGAUCCUCUGGUCACUUCAACAGCUUCCAGGCUCCUCUUCUCCGCUUUUAUCGGUACUUUCAAAGACACCCAUUGGGGUUUUUACUACUUAGUUUUCCUGUGUAAUAUGCUAAAAUUAAACCAGUACCCUGACUUUACCAUUUUAUCGCCCAUAAAGCAGAAAAAGGGAGUAACUUUAAGUAAACUUUUACAACUAAUAUCCGGAGUACUGGACCAAAUUGCUUCGAGAAACUUCGUGGAAUGCACCCUCGGUAACACCUCUUUCACCGAAUAUCUCAGAAACAUUUUAAAGUUUAUUAUAUCCACGAACGUUUUAAACGUAACGGUUUUUAAGAUUAUCCUGGCCUGUAUACAGAUAAACCCCUUGUCCAUUGAACCUAUUGCCACCACGCUCUUUGUCCAUUUAGUGUCAAGGUACAGUGAAGAAUAUCAGCAUUUAUACGAGGACACGAUUAAGGCCAUAUUUGAGGUCUUCGGCAAGCUACACAGGCUGGAAAAUUUUGUGGCGAAAAUUAUCCCGGCUAUAAAGAAUCUGAAAAUUGACGUAGAAAGUUCUGGCACCUAUACAUUUGGUGGUGAACAAGACUUAGAGAUAUCUACAAUGAAAUUGAGCCCCAUCAGUAAGAUAUUAAGUAGGCCUAUUUUGGACUUUUUUGCCAAAUGUCUUAAUAACUUGGCCAGUUGGCAAACUAUCAAUAUGUUUAAGACUUUGCUGUUUCAUUUGAGAGAAGUCGUUACGGGAUUUUCCAAGGAUACUUCUCAAGAUGCCGAUGAAAUAUUCAAUUUGGAAUUCAUACAGAAACUUAUAACUGUCUUGCUUAUGCACGUAAAAGUGGCAGACAACAGCACCCCUCAGAACGUCACUUCCAAGUUUACGAAAGGCCUAUUGGAGUUCAAGGGUAUUCUAAAUGAACUUGGGGCAGCUGUCUUAAGACGUGAACAUAAUCACGUAACCAUGAGGGCGUUUUUGGAAUUGGCAUACAUUUGGGCCGAAAUUAAUAUCACUUUGAAUUAUUACUCUGACAGUAAGGAGCUCGAGGUAUCUACUGUAAAUAACAGUCCUUCGGCUGCCAAUUUGACUUAUUUGCACUCCUAUAUGGACGUGAAUGAUUGGAAACUGGUUACGCAGAGGAUUAGUAAUUUUGGAGAGGCACCUUGUAAGAUUUGUUUGCAAAAACUCUACUUUCAAAAACUAAGAUCGAUGCUUCUAUUCGAAAAAGACAUUAACGAAGACAUUAUCAGCAACAUAAUAAAAAGCUUACAAGCCAACUUGGAACAUACCUGGCAAGAUUUACUCUUGGACAGGUUUGCUCUUACCUUCGUACUACCCAAACUGGACAAAGUAUCACUCACAUUUUUGGCAGAAAAGUUAAUAGAAAAUGAUACGGAGCUAAAGUCAAUUUUAAACUCUACAACGCUUAUAGAUGCCACUGUUUACACUUUAUUAGGGAAAAUUAACAAACUGUUUAGGAUUAAGAGGAAGCACGACGCUGCAGAGAAAACUAAAUGUUUCAGCUCCAAAAUCUUUAGCCUAUGCCCGGACGAAAUAUUCUUUUCCCAGGAAAGCUUCGAUAUAAGCGGGGUGAUAGUAAACAUGCAAAAUUUGUAUGAAAUCGAGGAAAAACCGGUGGACACCAACAUCCAAAGCAAAGAAGACCAACUAAGGCAUUAUCUCCUAAUAUUAAAACGAUGUCCGGUCAUUUAUAGUGACGUAAACGUGCAAAAAGUGGUACUUUUAUACUUGAUAGCCCUUUGUACAGACACGGCCACUUGUUCAAACGAAAUUAGACAGGAACUAGAAAAUAUCAUAAUAGGCAUGUUACAAGGCUGCAAAUUCCCCAUAUCCGAUAUAUUCAAAAUGGAUACGCUGGGCAGUCAGGUUUUAACCAGUUUCAAUCGACACGACACUAUUAUCUCGUUGAUAAUCGAUAACGCGUUUAAACGAAACAGUUCCAUAAUGGAAUUCGAGCCUUUCGUUGAAUAUUUAACCAACAACAUGGAGGAUGCUAAGUGUAUGAGUUGUUGCAUGUUGGUAUUACAAGCUGUGGCGAAGGUGAAAAAAUCCAAAAUGGACCCAUCAAGCAAAGAACAAUCAAACAGUUACAAAGACAAAAUUCUCGCAAAAAUGUUAAAAUUAGUGUGCAAAUCGAACCAGUUACUAGUGGAGGCUUACGCCACCUGCCUGAGACACUUUCUGGCAACGCCAGAGAAAGAAUCAGAUGAUAACCUAAAAAAACUAUUAAACAAACUGGACGUGUACCUGGACCAUUGUUUCAAUAACGUUUCGGAUGAAAACAGAGCCGGAUGCACCUCGUUGUUCACCGUGGUGCUACAAAACAAAUCGCAAAUCAAACAUAUCGAUACGGAUAUCGUUUUAAAGGUGUGGAAUUGCUGUAAGAGGAUCGGGAUGACCGAGGAGGAAAAUGCUUUUCUGGUUAAACUGGUGGUUACUUUUAUACCCAACGAGCAGUUUGAGCAACUGUUUACGGAUUUGUUUGAUUUAACCAAUCAAAACAUAAUCAGCCAAAACCACUCACUCCUAUCCAAGCAACUGAAAACCUGGGAAUCGAUCCUCUCCUGUGACGUAAACGCCAUAAAAAUGAAAAUUUGGCAAGACGUUUUGGAGAAACUGAUGUACCAACUACUCGGGACCUUAAAAACCACGAAGUACCAGCAAGGAUUGUUUAAAAACGCCAUUAAUUUAGAACAAAGCAUUAUACAAGCCCAGAGGUUUCUCAUUUCCCCACCACUGAUUGACAUGUUCAUCAGGACCCCAUCGAUUUUAAUGCGGCACGAACAAGAAAACUUUGAAGAAGUUUUCGCACAAUCCAUCACCAUCUUGGAAUCCCUCCUGAAGCAUCGGAACGCCAUCGUAAUGGACCGAUUGCCCGCUUUUUUGCAACAAUACAGGGUCCUUCUCAAGUCUCUGACUAUAAAAAGUAACUCGGAUCAUCCCGGGAGCUUAGAUUUUAAUAAAGCCACCGAUUGUGCACAUCAUUUGGAGAAACUCACCAAAAAUUUGGUCGGUUGCAAAAAGGAUAUGGGCAGGAUAGCGGUUUUCUUGAUAGCCGACAUAUUGGAGAGAUACGAGCAAAUUAAUUUGUAUCCGAACGUUAAGCUUCAUUUGAAUAAUUGUGUGUACAGCUUAAUGUCCCUCUGUGACCAUCAUGCGGUCUCUUACUUGAUGCGGGUGCUAUCGGACGCGUCGACUGAAAUGUUUAAAAUUAUGUAUAGCCAUUACAAGAAGUUUUACAUGUUCAGCGGGAGAGUUUAGACGCAAGAAAAUAUAUUUUGUUUUUUUUU